CUAUAGCCGUUGUAGCCGAAAAUAGAUAUCGUAUGUUGACAACUUGACUAGUAGGUGACUAAAGGUAAAUAGUAAAAUGGCAGGGUCGGCCCGAAUAUCAGGCUGGACCAUUGCUGGAACUAUCAUGAUAGCACUGACCAUCGUCGCUCUGCUCUUCGCCAGCGCCUAUCCCUACUGGCAACAGUCUGAGAAAUCCAGAGACACAGGAAUCCCUAGCAUCGGGCUCUGGGCUGUGUGUUUCCGCGAUGAUGGCUACCCAGCACCCGCCUGGGCGGAAGACACGCUAGGAAAUCGCUACUAUGGCUGCAACUAUGUUUUUGAUCGGGAUUUGAGGAAGAUUGUCCACUGGAUAUAUCCUGGAUGGUUCAUGACAGUUGUGAUCUUUGUGACCUUUGGACUGAUCACCCAGCCCGUGGGGAUCAUCCUAAACAUUCUGUACUACCUGCGUGUCUGUAGCCCACACAAGGAACACAUUCUCAUCCUGGUCUCUGUCAUUCUCAACACCACAGAAGGUCUGCUGGUGGCCAUGGCCAUAAUAAUAUUUGGCCUAAAGGCGGCCACAGACCAGUAUUGGAUGCCCCAGCCAGAAUCUAAUCACCUGUCCUACUCAUACGGGGUGUGUGCCCUGGUCCCUGUCUUGUGUUUUCUUGCUGGCAUGUGCCACUUUGUUGACUUCCUGCGCCUCAAGUCGUACAAGGACAGAGACGCCAGGGCCAAGAUCUAUGCUAGAGGGGAGUUUGCCAGAUACUGAACUGUGACUCUAAAAAUAAAAAAUAAAAAUAAAAUCCAAGAAUAGCAGUAAAUUGUAAAUAAAUUUGUCACAAGUUGGAAAAAUAAGUUGUUUGAAUUGAAUUUGCUAUAUAAUGUGUACUUUUCUUUUUUUUGCUUAUCAUAAAAUUGUAUUUAAAUGAUUUCUGGCUUUUUAAUUUGAAUGUUUUUAUGAUUUUAUCAUCUACUAAAUAAUUUAAAACUUCUUAAAAUUAAGUUAAGGAUUUUUUAUUCUGGUGUGAAUGUCAAAGUUCUACAGAAAUGUCUAUAAAUUAAAUUUUAAAAAUGUGUACAUAAUAGAACUUUGAAUUCUUAAUUCAUUUUGAAAAUUGAAAUAAAUAUGUUGUAAUUUUUUAUGAUUGGCUGGCUCGUGCAUAUUCUUGUUCCAGCACGUCAGUGUACAUAACUCUUUUAGAGACCAGAUGGCAGCUUUUAUUUAUUGAGUUACCUACCUUUAAUCUUGUCGUUUUUUUUUAUUUCUCUGGAGGGGGGGGGGGGGGUUACUGAGUGCAAAGUCUUAGAAUAGUAAAUAAAAGCAAUCCCUUCCACUGAUGAAUAAUUAAUGAUUACAGAAGUUAAAACAUUUGAUGUAAUUUGUAGGAAUAUUUGUAGGAACAUAAUUUGAGUUAAAUGUUUUUCUGGUUUCAGUGGCAGGACGGUCAUCUCACUGUCAUUUAGUCUGUGUUGACAUGUGUCAUCUCACUGUCAUUUAGUCUGUGUUGACAUGUGUCAUCUCACUGUCAUUUAGUCUGUGUUGACAUGUGUCAUCUCACUGUCAUUUAGUCUGUGUUGACAUGUGUCAUCUCACUGUCAUUUAGUCUGUGUUGACAUGUGUCAUCUCACUGUCAUUUAGUCUGUGUUGACAUGUGUCAUCUCACUGUCAUUUAGUCUGUGUUGACAUGUGUCAUCUCACUGUCAUUUAGUCUGUGUUGACAUGUGUCAUCUCACUGUCAUUUAGUCUGUGUUGACAUGUGUCAUCUCACUGUCAUUUAGUCCAUGUUGACAUGUCAUCUCACUGUCAUUUGGUCUGUGUUGACAUGUGUCAUUUCACUGUCAUUUAGUCCGUGUUGACAUGUGUCAUCUCACUGUCAUUUAGUCCAUGUUGACAUGUCAUCUCACUGUCAUUUGGUCCGUGUUGACAUGUGUCAUUUCACUGUCAUUUAGUCUGUGUUGACAUGUGUCAUUUCACUGUCAUUUAGUCUGUGUUGACAUGUGUCAUCUCACUGUCAUUUAGUCUGUGUUGACAUGUGUCAUCUCACUGUCAUUUAGUCUGUGUUGACAUGUGUCAUCUCACUGUCAUUUAGUCCAUGUUGACAUGUCAUCUCACUGUCAUUUGGUCUGUGUUGACAUGUGUCAUUUCACUGUCAUUUAGUCCGUGUUGACAUGUGUCAUCUCACUGUCAUUUAGUCCAUGUUGACAUGUCAUCCCACUGUCAUUUGGUCCGUGUUGACAUGUGUCAUUUCACUGUCAUUUAGUCUGUGUUGACAUGUGUCAUUUCACUGUCAUUUAGUCUGUGUUGACAUGUGUCAUCUCACUGUCAUUUAGUCUGUGUUGACAUGUCAUCUCACUGUCAUUUAGUCUGUGUUGACAUGUGUCAUUUCACUGUCAUUUAGUCCGUGUUGACAUGUGUCAUCUCACUGUCAUUUAGUCCAUGUUGACAUGUCAUCUCACUGUCAUUUGGUCCGUGUUGACAUGUGUCAUUUCACUGUCAUUUAGUCUGUGUUGACAUGUGUCAUUUCACUGUCAUUUAGUCUGUGUUGACAUGUGUCAUCUCACUGUCAUUUAGUCUGUGUUGACAUGUCAUCUCACUGUCAUUUAGUCCAUGUUGACAUGUCAUCUCACUGUCAUUUAGUCCGUGUUGACAUGUCAUCUCACUGUCAUUUAGUCCCUGUUGACAUGUAGAGGCAGUGAUACAUGAUAGCAUCACUUGAAGUUUUAUUUUGUAACUGUAAAAAAUAUUUUUAUAAAAUUAUCAGCUGUUUAUAUGAAUUUAUAUCUGUGUGUAUGUUUGUAGCAAUGUAUAUAAUAUGAUUCAAUUUAUACAUAUUAAAUAAACAGCUGGUUCAUUAAGCUUC